AACUAAUAGAGUUGAUAUCAUUCCGUGUUUUGACUCCAAUGUCGGCGCAAUGCUGUCCUAGAAAACGGAAGAGAAAGCGAAAAUACGACGAUUUUCCAACCUGUGUCGGUGCACGUUUCAUUCCAGUUGUACAGUGUGAAGGCCCGGGGCUCUUCCAGCUGGCAAGGUCGAAAUUAUCGUCUGUUGACGGUGUUUUGUUUUUGUAGGCGAGUUAAAUUGUUAUAAUUGUUUUAUUAAACAAGAACUGGUGCGAAGAAUGAGAAAGAGGCCAGUUUGUUGAUAUGCCAUGGGUGGGAAUACUCAAAAUACAUGCUCUGGUGAUAACAUGGCAAAAAAAGUAGAGGAUCAUGGUGAACCACUUCAACAUGAUCCCGAUUUUCGAGGACCCCUGAAGAGGAGAUCAUGCACGGAUGUCAUUUGUUUAUUGUUUUUUCUUCUUUUUAUAGCAACAUGGAUUGGUAUUGGACUGUAUGAUAUUGUAAGGAAAACCGUAACAUUAUUUUAUCGUUUCCAGGUUUGCGUGAAGAAGUGUCCUGAUGUUUUUUAUGUUUACCCAGUUGAUCAUAGCAGUCUAAAUGAAAGUGUAACGCAGUUUUGUGCCAAAUAUGAGGGUGUCGAUACUUGUCCACCCUGGUUACUGCCAAGCAAAUCAUUCCUGAACCGAUGCCUUCCCGAUGAAGCAGCCCGCAAAAAGCUGAUCGAUUUGGGCUUAUUGAAAGUCCAAGAAAACGAUGAUUAUGCCAAAAAUGAUACCACCAACCCUGUUCGCUGGACGUCCACAGUUGUACAGAAAAUAUUGGCUGUUUUGGACAUUGAAAAUCUUUCGCAGGUUGGACAAUAUGUCGUUGAAGAUAUCAAAAACUCCUGGUAUAAAAUAUUCAUUGGAGUGUUUUUAACCUUAUUGGUUUGUAUACUGUACAUUCUGAUGUUGAGAUGGACGGCCGCUGUUAUGGUGUGGGUGUCCAUUUGUGGAGUGGUGGUCGCUUUAGCUGCUGCGUUGUAUUUCACUGUAUUGAAAUAUAUCGAGUACAGAGACAAACUCAAAGGAAGAGUCUUCGACGGAGACAGAGACGAACUGACAACCCACAGAGAUUUAUGGCUAGCAUUAGUGGUCAUCUUGUCCAUCGCUUUACUAGUCAUACUACUCAUGCUGAUAUUUUUGAGGAAGAGAAUAAUACUGGCCAUAGCUUUAAUAAAAGAAGGCAGCAAAGCGGCCAGUUCCGUGACGGCAUCGUUAUUUUUCCCGAUUUUGCCAUGGGUGCUUCAAGUUGGAGUAAUUGCUUACGCCAUAGCUGUUGCAGUGUAUUUAGCCAGUAUCGGAAAACCUUUAUACAAAGCCGAUGUGACACGGGGUUGUGAAAACCAGUCUGGCAUCCUGCUCAAUUCUGUAUGUGAUAAAACUAAUUUUGCUGCUGUUACCAAAAACUUAACUGAGUGCCAGGAAGCUAGUUGUCGAUUCGUGAAAAUGCAGAACGACGUUCUCUAUCCCUAUUUGCAAGCUUACAACGUCUUUGGAUUCUUCUGGUUAGCGUUCUUCGUUAGCGCUUUGGGUCAGAUGGUUUUGGCUAGUGUUUUUGCUCAAUGGUACUGGACCUUCGAGAAGAGGAGGCUGCCAUUCUUUGCUGUCACUUCGGCUUUUUUGAGAACUUUGAGAUACCACAUUGGAACUCUGGCUUUCGGCUCACUGAUUAUCGCGAUAUGCCGUAUUAUAAGAGUAAUACUGGAAUACCUCGACCAGAAGUUGAAGAAGUACGAUAAUGAAUUCACAAAAGCAAUAAUGUGCCUCCUCAAGUGUUUCUUCUACUGCCUGGAAAAAUUCUUGAAGUUCAUCAACAAGAACGCGUACAUCAUGUGCGCCGUACACGGAAAGAAUUUCUGUACAAGUGCCAAAGACGCGUUCAUGCUCCUGAUGAGGAACAUCAUCAGAGUAUAUGUUCUGGACAAGGUGACAGAUUUUCUGUUUUUCCUCAGCAAGGUGUUGCUAACGUUAGGAGUGGGAGCAGUCUCUUAUGUCUUGUUCGCUACUGAUCUAGUCCCAAAAUUCAUCGACAAUUCUAAUAUGCACUAUGGAAUAGUGCCAGUCGUUAUUAUAAUGAUCUGCACGUACCUCAUAUCAUCGCUCUUUUUUGGAGUCUACAGCAUGGCUGUAGACACCUUGUUUUUGUGCUUCUUGGAGGACUGUGAGAGGAAUGACGGGUCUGCGGAGAAACCUUAUUUCAUGUCGAAGUCGCUGAUGAAGAUUUUCGGAAAGAAAAACAAACGAGAAUAAAACUGUCGAUUAGGUUAUAUAUUUAAUCUGUGAUAUAAAACGGUGGUCGAAUUUAUCGCUCAUAUAUUAUGACCAAAGUGUAUUAGAAGUCUUUUUAGAUAA